AAUAUUAUUACAAGAUAUUUUUGUCUGAGGGUUCAUUAAUAUUACCUUGUUGAUUCUAGUGUAUAAUGAUUUUGGUGUUUUAUAAUUUAUAAAACUUUUUUGCCUUUGCUAUCAGAACCUUUAACCCACUGGCAGUUUAGCAAAAGGGCAAGAUUGGGAGAAUGUUUCUCCCCGAUCCACUAUUUCCCUAUCUAAUUACACAGAAAAACCAGUUUUGCUAUGCGGUGAAGACUGCAUGUUAAAAUACGACUUUAUACACACAGAACCGUCAGUGGGUUAAACCGCUUUUAAUACUGUACUCUUACAAACCAUAAAAAAAUCUUCCUUGUAGAGUAUAUGUAAAAAUUACAUGGUGGUAAAAUAUGAGUUGUUUAACAAACAGCAAUAAUCCUACACUUACUAAUCAAACAGGUGAAAAACCUUAUUCUUGUGUUAUAUGCAAAAAGGGAUUUUCAUCACAAUAUAAUCUCAUUGUUCACAGUCGUGUGCAUACUGGGGAGAAACCUUAUUCGUGUAGUAUAUGUAAUAAAAGUUUUUCACAGAAAAGUUAUCUAACUAAACAUAACUAUGUUCAUACUGGUGAGAAACCUUAUUCUUGUGGUACAUGCGAAAAAUGUUUUGCGUCAGAUUAUCAACUCCUUGUUCACAAUCGUGUUCAUACUGGUGAGAAACCAUUUUUAUGUAAAAUUUGUAAUAAGAGUUUUUCUGUGAAAAGUACUCUUAUUAAGCACAAUUAUGUUCAUACUGGUGAGAAACCUUAUUCUUGUAGUAUAUGUAAAAAAAGCUUUUCACUGAAAGGUCAACUAACGGUUCACAGUCGUGUUCAUAGUGGUGACAAACCAUUUUCCUGUGAUAUGUGUGAUAAAAGUUUUUCCUUGAAGAAAAAUCUUAUUACCCACAUUGGUGUCCAUAACAAUGAGAAAAAAUUUUCUUGUAAUAUAUGUAAUCAAAGUUUUUCACAGAAAGGUCAUCUUACUAUUCACAACCGUAUUCAUACUGGUGAAAGACCAUACUUUUGCAGUACAUGUGGUAAGAGUUUCUCAACAAAAGACACUCUAACUAUUCACCAACGGACUCAUACUGGUGAUAAAUUGUUUUUUUGUAGUAUAUGUAAUAAAGGUUUUUCGCAGAGGUGUACUCUAACUGCACACAGCCGUGUUCAUACUGGUGAGAAACCUUAUUCUUGUAGUAUAUGUAAUAAGACUUUUGCAUUGAAAAGUAAUCUAACUAAACAUAGUCGUGUUCAUAAUGGCAAAAAACCUUAUUCUUCUAGCAUACGUAAUAACAAUUUUUCUCUGCAGAAAAUUCUGACUGCUCAGAGCCAUAUUCAUACUUUUCAGUAACCUUAUUCUUGUAAUAUGUGAUAUAAUUUUUUUUUUAAUUGUAAAGUGAUCUAGUUAUUUACAAUUUUGUUACAUUGUGGUUAGAAACCUCAUUCUUCUCUGGCCACAUUAAAGACAUUUCUUUAAAAAAAAUAUCACUUAACUUUCUAUAGUAUUGACUAGUUGGUAGUUAACAGAGGUUAGAAACCUUAUUCUUACAGUAAGUUCAAAGUGAAAUGGGCCUAUCUGAGUUUGACAUUCCAUAUAAUGAAAUUUGGGCAGACAAAUAUUAGAUGUUAUUUAGUCUGCAACUUUUUUCUACCUAAAAACCAAACAUGGUAUGCAUUCUAUAUGUAUUUCGUAACAUCUUUUUAUAUAUUUGGCUAUUAAAAUACUUUAUUUUCUAAUUUAUGUUUGGGGAAAAUUAAGGAUAGUGAUUACAGAACACAGUGUACAAAUAUUACAUUUAAAAAAAAUUAAAGUAUGUUCUAAUUAUAUCACCGUCAGUAAAUGUAAUGGUUAAAUAGUUUUUCAACUAAACAAUUGCAAGCAAUUCAACAUCUACUAUAGACUGUGGAAGACUUGACUUAUUUAUAGAAAUUCUCUAAUUUUAUUCUCAAUCAACAGUGCAAUCAGUUCUAGUGUUAAAAUGUUAAAUGAGGUUGUUGUACUACAGUGUUUCCCAAAGUGUGGUAUGCGUACCCCCGGGGUAUAGGAACAGUUUAACAGGGGUACGGGUUCUUAUGCGAAAUAUCUUUGCAACAAACGAAAAUUUCAAAAAAUUUAUUUGAAAACAAAGCUAUCCAUGAAAAUUUAUGAUUACGUAUUUUUCUAUUUGCUACUUUUUUGCAGAGUUAACAGUUAAUAACUAAUUAGUGGUGUCAACAGCCAGUUGUGAUUUUUAACUUUUGCUCAAUUUUUUUAUAGUAAAAAAUUUUAAUUUUUUUAUUAGUGGUACACAGCGUUACAAAAAAUUUGGAAAGGGUACGCAAAAGUCAUAAGUUUGGGAAACACUGUUCUACUGUAUUAGAAGAUUUAUACCAUGUAUUCUUUUAAACAACUUAUUUCUGUUGUUAGAAUAUCCCAAGUUAGAUUAUAGUCCUAUGGUAUUUAUAUUCUUUACGAGAACUCUGUUCGGAGCACAGCACCAUCUUUCGACAUUUUUGUACUUUAGUUUCAAAAUUUCUAUGUAAUUUUACAGCUUACAGACAUACUGUUUCAUUCCUCUAUCAUGAAGUUUUUAAAUUUGAAAGCAAUCAGUCCUUUGCUGGACACCCUGUACUUAUAUAAAAGAUAACUGCACACAGAUUCAUAUUUAAUUUCUAAAUAGAAUGAUUAGCUGUAUUAAUUAAAUUAAGACUAGUUUAGUCAUAUGUAUUUUUAAUGAAUGUAUAUUUGAAUGCAUGUACAGAGAUGCCAACUUGUUCCAAACAGCAGAAUAAUAUUUUCAAGUGAUAGUAUUUUAAUGGAUGAUUUUUCUUUCUGAUGUGUAAGGUUUUUGCUCACUACUACUUCUAAUUAAUUCAAAGGCUUGUGUGGUGAUAUACCAAUUUGUUAUAAUUAAGCCACGUUGGGCCCUUUAAAAGGGGAUGAAAUAAACCAAAAAUCUGCAAAUUUUAGUUUUUAGCUCUCUUCAUUUAUUUAUUUAUUUUUAUUUAUUUAUUUAUUUUGCAAUAUUUUGUCAAAUCCGGAAUGGUUUAUGUCUCUGCAUAUAUGUAUAUAUAUUAUUAUAAUAUUUAAUGAAUUUUUAAUUUUUUUCUGUGUGUCUUUUAUUGCUGAGUUUGUUAAAAUUUGUAAUAUAUAUGUGUUUGAAGUAUGAAAAUAAAUGUCAUUAAAUGGAAAUAUAUUAUAUAUUUUAGUAUUGUAGAUUGUUGUGUUGAAAUAUAUCAAAACUUAUAUUAUAUUUAGUUCUGAUUAAAUGAUCCAUGGCCUGGCUGAGCCUAUAGCAAUCAUUGAGAAGAUAUGAAUUCAUAAAAUGGAUCUUAAAAGCGUUUGAUUUUUAUUAUUUCAUAAAUGUAAUUAAUAUGCCAUUGUUGAUGUUAAGAGCUUUCAUUUGAAAUUAAUUGUACUUAUAUUCAAAUACUGAAUUUUUUAGUAUAUAAAUGGAAGAAAAGAUAUAUAUUAAAUUAAAACCUAGAAGAGUGACUUAAUUUAUAUUCAGAUCUGCUGUUGUGACAUUUAGUAUGAAUAUUUUUUGCAGGAUGCCAGAAAGUUAUCAAAUAUUUGGAAAUUAAUUAUUUUUAUAAUUUUAUUGUUAUAUUGUUUCCUUCAAAUAAACCACCUGUUCGAGUUCCUUCACAAUAA